GAGGCGCCGCGUAGGCCGGGAGGCCGGGCCGGCGGGGCUGGGAGCUCGCGCCCCAUGCGCCGCCACCUCCCCCCACGAUGUUCCCCUCCCGGAGGAAAGCGGCGCAGCUGCCCUGGGAGGACGGCAGGUGGGAUGGUCCCCCUUGUCCAUCUCCCUGGUCUCUACCCUGCCCCCAGAAAGAGCUCAGAAGGCAAGAGAGAAUCUGUAGAGGUUCCAGUCUUCCCAGGCCAGUCCCAGGAUUGGGUCUCACAGCUCCCAACCGGAAACCCCCACCACCUGACAAAGGGGGGUCCAGUUUGCUUCCCCGAGGCCUCCCCCGGAAGUGCUCCGUCUUCCACCUCUUCGUUGCCUGUCUCUUAUUGGGCUUCCUCUCCCUGCUCUGGCUGCAGCUCAGCUGCUCUGGUGAUGUGGCCCGGGCAGCUAGGGGACAAGGGCAGGAAACCUCGGGCCCAACCCGGGCCUGCCCUCCUGAGCUGCCCCCUGAGCACUGGGAAGAAGACGCAUCAUGGGGCCCCCAUCGCCUGGCAGUGCUGGUACCCUUCCGGGAACGCUUUGAGGAGCUCCUGGUCUUUGUGCCCCACAUGCAUCGCUUCCUGAGCAAGAAAAAGAUCCAGCACCACAUUUAUGUGCUCAACCAGGUGGAUCAUUUCAGGUUCAACCGGGCGGCUCUCAUCAACGCGGGCUUCCUGGAGAGCAGCAACAGCACAGACUACAUCGCCAUGCAUGACGUGGACCUGCUCCCUCUCAACGAGGAACUGGACUAUGGCUUCCCCGAGGCUGGGCCCUUCCACGUGGCCUCCCCGGAGCUCCACCCGCUCUACCAUUACAAGACCUACGUGGGCGGCAUCCUGCUGCUCUCCAAGCAGCACUACCAGCUGUGCAACGGGAUGUCCAACCGCUUUUGGGGCUGGGGCCGCGAGGACGACGAGUUCUACAGGCGCAUUAAAGGAGCUGGGCUUCAGCUUUUCCGCCCCUCGGGAAUCACAACUGGAUACAAGACAUUUCGCCACCUGCAUGACCCAGCCUGGCGGAAGAGGGACCAGAAGCGCAUAGCAGCUCAAAAACAGGAGCAGUUCAAGAUUGACCGGGAGGGAGGCCUAAGCACCGUGAAGUACAGCGUGGAUUCCCGCACAACCCUGUCCGUGGGCGGGGCCCCCUGCACUGUUCUCAACAUCAUGUUGGACUGUGACAAGGCUGCCACCCCCUGGUGCACAUUUGGCUGAAUCAUCUGGACAGUCUGAAAGCCUGCACCCACAGGCCAUGCUGCUACUCAGGCCCUGGGCCCAGUUGCCACAGGAGGUGGGGGUGGCCUGAAGCAGUGGACAGUGAGCCACGUGUCUGCAGCAGCCUGAGGCAGUGAAGCCAGCACCGGACAUACGAGGACACCUGGAAUGCUGCUAGCAAUAAACAAUGAUGGAGAGAGGCCUCAUGUGGCUCCUGACUGGGACUCUCCACCCUGCCUACCUGCUCACCCUGCCCUGCCCUCUGGGUGCUGAUGGCUGCAGGCUUUGGUUCUUUCCCUGGACCCUCGUGCAGAGAUACAGUUUAGAAGCCGGCAGCUCACGUGGAUAGCCACUGUGAUUGUGAGGAUUAAAACUGCAAGAGCCAGUGCAAGCCAAUACUUGCUCCUGCAUGAUAGUUACCAUGCAGGAGUGUAGGCCUAGUGUUGCCAGAUCUGAUUUUUUUUUUAAAAAAGAAAUUAGAAUUCUGGAUUCUUAAGUGAAACAGUUAAUUUUUACAUGGUAACUAAUGGAAACUUUAAAAAGUAUGCCAGUCAAACAAAAUGUGUUUGGGCCAGUGGUUUGUCACCUGUUGCUGAGGGGAAGGGGAGGGGAAAAAGAUGAUCCCUCUUUUAGUUAUAACCUGGCAAGGACUCGGGGCAGGGUGGUGGGGAGAAGCACAAGAUUCCUGCUGCCUCCCCAAGUUCUUCAGGCUUUGCUACCCUUGUGGACAAACUGAUCACCAGCAGGGUCUGGUGGGGAGAAACUUUGGGAGGGAGCUUUGUCUUGCCUCUCUGAGAUGGACAGACAGAUCCACAGGACUGAGGAUAGGCAGACAGCAUCAGCAAUGGCUAAGUAGUGGCAUAUGGGAGGGAGAAGAUGGAGAAGGAGGGGAAACCAUGGACUGUCUUAUAACACGAGGGGAGAUGACACGUGUCACUGAAUGUCAAGGGAGAGGAGGAAAAAGGAGGUAAGGGAGACCAUGAAAUUGGGAGUGAGCUUAAGAAAGCCUCUGGAAAGAGGCUGAGGGCCAGUAAGACGGUGAGGAGUCCCUCAAGGUAGAUCACAGCUUCAAGUCAGUUAACUACUGGUGAUUUGGAGUGGAAGUCAGAGGAUUUGGGACCAGUUAAGCUCCUGAGAGCAGGUGAUACAUUGGAGAAGGUAAAAUUGAGCUCUCAGAUUUCAGAAGGAUGGUUUCAACCCAGCUACAGAAAGACUCCUCUAAGUGUGAACUUGAGACUCUGUGUACAAUUGUGCAGGUUGUAUGUUGUACGACUUGAAUGUUUUAAGUUGAGAUUUAAGCAAUGAGUGACGUGAAGCUACAGGAUCCACAUAACUGUUCAGACAUAAACAAGGGCCCUUGUGAUUAUAAAUUGACCUUGUCCAGCAAUUCAGCUUCACUCACUACAAUGAGAGGCAAACAGUCCUCAGAUACAGGCCAACGGUGGUAGGAGUAGCCUUCUCAUCUUGAGUGAGACCCAGGAGAGGAGUGUGGCACAUUGGCAGCAUUUUAUAGGCCAAUUUGAACAACUCUUAUAGUUGCCAAGUAGUAAGACUUAAAGGUGUGUGUGUUUUGGGGGAGGAGAGUGGGGGUGUGGGGAGAAUCCUUUCUUUUCAUCUGCACUGGGGAAGUGGAAUGAGCAGAAUAAAAUGGGAUGAUCUGACCUAGCUAGGAUGGGAUGCAUCUCUGCCCCCACAGCCCCUCACUCUCCAUGGUCACUGCAUCAACUCCAUUAUUCAGGUGCCAGUAGGUGCCUGGGCCAGGCCUGAUGCAGCUCCCCUCCCUCCCUCCGCCUGGGCCUCUGCCAGCCACUCCAGGAGGGUCAGCAAGGGCAAGAAGCUUCCUCAGUGUCUUGAUUGCUUCCUUGCUGAUAGAACUAACUUCCCUGCCUAGUUGGCCAGUGCGGAUGAACCUAGGACUUGGUUGCCACAGUUCAUGGCCAAGAUGGUGGUUAUAAUAAUAACUAGUACUUGUUGAACAUUCACUGCAUUGAAUAUUUGAAUCUUUACAUUGCAUAUUUCACUUGACCCUCUGUACUACUACUUCCGAGCUCACUCCCAGGUAUUAUAGAUGGUGAUGGUGAAGCACAGAGCAGUAGUAGCUUGUCUACGAUAACACAGCUGAUAGUGGAUACAGUGAGAUAGGAAUCCCUGGAACCUGCUCCUGACCUGUACAGCAGAGGUGCCUUCUCUCCACACCUUCCCUCCUCUUCCCAACUGGAGAAACCUGGCCAACAUGGUCUGCUGUUCCACUUCUGGAAUGAAAGCAAGACCAUGGGCUAAUCCGAAGUGUUUGCCCCUUUCCUCCUCUGGAGUAAGAUGCCGUUUUGGCUGCUGGAGAGGUCCCUUGGGGCACCAGCAGGACCCAAGAGCAUAGCACUGUGCUUGGGGAAGGCCUCUCCAAGGAGGUAAGGGCUUGCUGGUGGAGUCUGUUUGCCAGUCAAGGUGCAAAGGACUUCUGGAAGGAUCAGCAUGUGCGAGGCAGAGACUGGAGAGAGCAUAUUAUAUACAGGGACCUUGAGUGUUGCAGGCGCCCAAUACUAUGCCGAAGCUGGGGAAUGCAAGCAGCAGAGGGCAAGUUGGAGUUACUAUUGAGGCUCUGUGAAUGGCACAUUGAGUAACAGUAAAUGAGAGGAAGGUGGGUGUUAGCCCCUAGGGUCUGCAGGAGCCAGGACAAAUGGUAUGCCGUUGGACAUUCUCUUCAUAGAGGACCUGCUUCCCUGCCCACCUUUCCUGAAAGCCAAAUUGAUACACAUGACAUUUUUGUCAUCUCAACCCUCAUGCCUUAAAAGUGUUAGAAAGAAACUUUCUGCUUUAACACGUUAAGGUUUGGAUGGCAUCAUAUCCUUAAAAUAUGGAAAAAGCAAUUUCUUGGGCCCAUCAAGAAUCAAAGUUACAUAGAAGGGGAGGCAAAGCUAAGAGACAGACAUGAACGAACAGUCCAGGAAUACAGAUCCACUGAAGAGACUGACCUGAAAUUACAUAAUGCAUCCCCUUCCAUAAACCUUACCACCACGUCAACAAGUUCCAGUUUUACAAUAGAGUUAUAACUAAAAGAACUUCAAGGCAAGGCACAAGUUGUAUUUAAGAAGUUGUUUGGGAAACCUAGUCAGCAUAGUAGUAGUAUACCAAGGACAUUAAAGGAUUUAGAGCCACUGACAUGUAGAGCUACAGUAAUUGUUAAACUCAGUCCUGAAAACCAGUCUGGAUUUACCUUAAAUAAACUGAACAUGGAGCCUUCCUGGUGGC